GUCUCCUUGGCUGCCGAUUUCACUUACGUUUCAAACUCAAAGCCGUGCAGUCAGCAGCAGCCGAACCAGAGCAUCGUUAUCGUGAGAUAUUCGAGACUCCAACUACAAGUCUUUUUGGAGAGUGUUGUGUGAAUUGUGAAAAAGGAGACAGCCGCACAAUGAUGACAAACCGAUGUGCUUGCUUCGCCUUGGCCUUCCUGCUCUUCUGUUUCCUGGCCAUUUCGAGCAUUGAGGCAGCACCCAUGCCCAGGUACCAAUCCAAUGGCGGAGGCUACGGCGGCGGCUACAACGAGCUGGAAGAGGUGCCCGACGAGCUACUGAUGGAGCUGAUGACUCGCUUUGGACGCACCAUAAUAAGGGCACGCAACGAUCUGGAGAACUCUAAGCGAACCGUGGACUUUGGCUUGGCCCGCGGUUAUUCGGGUACCCAGGAGGCGAAGCAUCGCAUGGGCCUGGCUGCGGCAAACUUUCCCGGCGGACCCGGACGAAGGCGACGCUCUGAGACCGAUGUCUAAGGCGCUAACUCUGGCUGAACGAGUCCUGCGGACGUAGAGGACGAGUUUCCACUUCCCAAAACUCAAACUUGGCCCAUACUUUGUGUCUUCUAUAGAGCUCUCUCUCAUUUGCAUUAUGUUGGAUUGUUUGUUAUGCAUUGUACAUACAUAUAAAUAUUUAUUAUGAAUCUGACCUCAUGUAUUCAUCGCGACAUACAUUUCCGCACAAGUGUUUUUUGCAGUAUUAUGGAAUAAUAAUAAUAAUUAUUUACCAGAUAUCAAGCUAUACGAAUAACCAAGGCGAACACCGAAAUAAACAAGUUAAACUGUUGCUCCUAAAGAUAAUGUUGAACCCCGUUUAAUGCCCAUUUCAAACCCAGAUUACCCUCUGUCUCUUGAAAAUUCUUUGAAUCGCUCGUCUUAGUCGUUAAAAAAUGCAAGAAAUAAAUAACCAAAAAUAUAUAUAUAUAUUCAAGUGUAAGCAAAAUCGCGCAAAAAAUCUUUAACUAGGUAUGUCUUACAUAAACACGAAAACUAUAUACACUGACACACGUUACAUGCAUAUAUGGAAAACGUUUUGGCCCCCAAUGAAGCCAAGGAAAAUACCCAGCGAAACUUUAAGUUUAUUUUUUUGUUAACUCAAUAGUCAAGAUCAAGGUCCUCCCACAGGUCGUAAAUUAUUGUAAAUAUAAAUUAUUGAAACACGUACAACCACAAAGCGAUACAAAUAUAUAUAGCCGUAUAUAUAUAUAUGUAUAUCUAUAGAAGUCUACUUGCAUAUAUAUUUAAUAAUUAUUAUGUCUAUGGAAAAGCUGCAUACAUAAACAUUUACCGUGAGUCGGGCACGAACAAAUAAAAUUCUACAUUUUGA